AUGAGUAGAGUCCCCGGGUGUGGGCGCUGCCUUGAACUCCUUACCCCAGCUGCCUGGCUGCCCUCAGCUUCCCAAAGCUCAAAUAAGAGGGGCCGGCGGCGCGGGGAGGAGGAGGAGCCAGGAGCCUCGGCCGCUCCAUUCACUCAGCAGCCCAAGCCCGGCCAGGCAGCGCGCGCUGCUCCUUGGGGGCGCCCUCGCAGCGGGGGUGGGGGCGGGUCCGAGGGAGCGUCCCUCUCGGAGACACCCUCCUCUUCAACCCAACACGCGCUCUCAGCUGGCCGGUGUGGUACAACCCUCCCCCCACCUCCCCUUCUUGGCCUUCGCCAGUGUGGGAGCCUUGUGUCACUGGAGAGUCCGUUCAGGCAAGGAGAAGAACCGGGAGCCCGGAGCGGAGCGUGUUUCAGAGGUGCGUAUAAAAUCCCAGGGGCGCCAGGAGGCAUCAUGACGGCGCAGCGUGGGACCGCCAGGCGCGACGGGAGGGAAGCAACCGGUUGCAGUCCGGCCUCCUGUACCUGGCUGGCCCGGUCUGGGGCUCCAAGCUUUCCGGCCAAACUUAUGUGAAACAAAGUAGUUGCAGUUUGACAAAGAAUGGCGUUUCAAUAAAUGACAUAGUCAUUUUUUA